UCUGUUGCAAGAUUCGCAAGAAUUUUGUAGGGCAACGGAAUAUAAUUUGUUGUGAAGCAGGGAACCAAGUAGACGGAGAGUGAGAAGAUGUUCUUCCACAUAGUGUUGGAGCGGAACAUGCAGCUCCACCCUCGCCACUUCGGCCCUAAUCUUCGCGACAAGCUCGUCGCUAAACUUAUGAAGGAUGUUGAGGGCACUUGCAGUGGGCGUCACGGAUUUGUGGUGGCAAUAACUGGGGUGGAUAAUAUAGGGAAAGGGAUGAUUCGUGAUGGAACGGGCUUCGUGACAUUUCCUGUCAAGUAUCAAUGUGUCGUCUUCAGGCCUUUCAAGGGUGAGAUUUUGGAAGCCGUCGUUACCAUGGUCAAUAAGAUGGGAUUUUUCGCUGAAGCUGGUCCUGUUCAGAUCUUUGUGUCAAAUCAUUUGAUACCGGAUGAUAUGGAGUUCCAGUCUGGAGACGUGCCAAAUUAUACAACUUCAGAUGGAUCAGUUAAGAUUCAAAAGGAUAGUGAGGUGCGGUUAAAGAUAAUUGGUACUCGUGUUGAUGCUACAGAAAUUUUCUGCAUUGGUACGAUAAAGGAUGAUUUCUUGGGUGUCAUCAAUGAUCCUGGUGCAGCAGCUUAGUGAUAUUCAAUGUUGA